CGAAAAGCUCGGUGAAGGCUGAAUUGAACUCGGGGAUGACGAAUUCGCGGCGGGAUUUGAUCAAAUUGAAGAGCAAUUGCUUGAGCUUGGCGUGAUUGGAUUUAGAGGGGUCGAGGUAGGACAGGAUUGAAGAGCAAUUGCAUGUAUCUCGAUCAGCGGCUCGAGACGGUCUUGUUCGACAGAAAGGGCUCUGCCUCUGGCGGCGGCUGGGUGAGUUCUUACGGCGAAAUCGAUAGGUAUGGAGGAAGAGGCGAUUUCAGAUCGCCGCCUCCUAGGGCUUACGAGUACAUCGAUGGUGGUGGGGCUCCAGGAAUGACUCGAAGAUCCAGAUCUUUCGGAGAUGUGACGGAGGCAGCGGGGGGAAGAGAUGGGCGCGACAAGCCAGGAGCCGCCGCCACCACCCCGAUACAAGACAUGACGCCGGAGAGACUUUUCGGUAAGAUGUCUCAUUUGCAGAGGCUAUUGGAUCGAUUCUUGUCUUGCCGGCCAACAGGGCUAGCGAAAACUGGCUUCGAGGAGGCGGGACGGAGAUGGUGGCGUUGGCGGCAGGGAGAGAGUGAGGGAGAGGGUCGGCGACGCGGCGUCGUUUUAGGAGGUGAGUGAGAGCGCCGGUUAGUCGGUUUAA